GUGCAAGUAAACAUUUAUUUUAAGAAACAGAGCUAGCAGCACCUUCAACAGCAGCUUCAACUCAUUUACUUCUUUAUUUUUAAGUACAAACAUUUCUCCAAGCUCUCAAGUCUGACUCACAACAGUGCUUCUUGCUUUCCCAUCUCAGUGCUGGUGUGAUCAUUGUGCUGCAACUCUGCAAGAAGGCUUGCCCACUUGAGGUUUUGGAGAAAUGUCAAACAUAGAUAUUGUAGGGAUCUUGAAGGAUCUUCCCAAUGAUGGUCAUGUUCCAAAGACGAAAAUUGUGUGCACCCUUGGCCCGGCCUCGCGAUCUGUACCGAUGCUUGAGAAGCUUUUGAGGGCAGGGAUGAAUGUUGCGAGAUUUAAUUUCUCUCAUGGGACACAUGAGUAUCACCAGGAGACCUUGAACAAUCUCAAGAUUGCUAUGCAUAAUACUGAGAUCAUGUGUGCUGUGAUGCUCGACACAAAGGGACCUGAGAUUCGAACUGGUUUUCUGCGUGAUGAAAAACCUAUUCAACUGAAGGAGGGACAAGAAAUCACAAUAAGCACUGAUUACAGCAUAAAGGGUGAUGAGAAAACUAUCUCCAUGAGCUACAAAAAAUUGCCGGUGGAUCUCAAGCCUGGAAACACUAUCUUGUGUGCAGAUGGCACCAUCACCUUUACUGUGUUGUCAUGUGAUCCAGCUGCCGGGACAGUUAAAUGCCGUUGUGAAAAUACUGCUAUGCUAGGUGAGAGGAAGAAUGUUAAUCUUCCUGGAGUUGUGGUGGAUCUCCCCACACUGACAGAGAAAGACAAGGAAGAUAUCAUGGAUUGGGGUGUUCCCAACAAUAUCGAUAUGAUUGCUCUCUCAUUUGUCCGCAAGGGUUCAGACCUUGUUAAUGUCCGUAAGUUACUUGGACCUCAUGCCAAGCAUAUACAGUUGAUGUCAAAGGUUGAGAAUCAAGAGGGAGUUGUCAACUUUGAUGAGAUCUUACGGGAGACUGACUCAUUCAUGGUUGCCCGUGGUGAUCUUGGCAUGGAAAUCCCAGUUGAAAAAAUCUUCUUGGCGCAGAAAAUGAUGAUUUACAAGUGCAAUCUCGCUGGAAAGCCUGUAGUAACUGCAACUCAAAUGCUUGAAUCAAUGAUCAAGUCUCCACGUCCAACCCGUGCUGAGGCUACUGACGUUGCCAAUGCAGUCCUAGACGGCACUGACUGUGUUAUGCUUAGCGGUGAGAGUGCAGCCGGAGCCUACCCUGAGACUGCUGUAAAAAUUAUGGCCCGAAUUUGUAUCGAAGCAGAGUCAUCGUUGGACUACAGGACUAUAUUCAAAGAAAUGAUAAGAGCAACUCCUCUGCCAAUGAGCCCCCUGGAGAGUCUCGCAUCUUCAGCUGUUCGUACAGCAAACAAAUCACACGCAAAACUCAUCGUUGUGCUGACUCGUGGUGGUUCUACAGCGAAACUAGUUGCCAAGUACAGACCCGCAGUCCCUAUCAUAUCAGUUGUUGUCCCGGAGCUGACAACAGACUCAUUUGAAUGGAGCUGCAGUGCAGAAACUCCGGCAAGGCAGAGUCUGGUUCACCGGGGCUUGAUUCCCCUCCUCGCAGAAGGAUCUUCGAAAGCUACUGAUACAGAGUCGACUGAUGUGAUACUGCAAGCUGCUUUAAAGUCUGCAACAAAGAAAGGCUUGUGCAAGCUUGGUGAUGCUAUUGUGGCUCUUCAUCGUAUCGGGUCUGCUUCUGUCAUUAAGAUAUGUGUGGUGAACUAAACCAGAUUCCGGCUGCCGCGGCCUUGAUUCUGCUUUAUGUUUGUUAUUGUGUUCAACUUGGAGAUUUUAGGCCUCCAUGAAUUGCAGUUGUAAUAAAAAAAAGUUCAUUUGUAUGAAGGUGUUCAUAUGAAUUCAAAGCCUGGAUGAAGACAUUUAUAUUAAGCUUAAAUUUUGAGUUCAA